AUGGACGUCUGGACGUUAACAAAUACCCCCGCUAAAUGGGUCAGGGUUGAAGCGUGGGCUGAAGAGAUCACGAAGCCAGCGGCGGCCAUUAGCCCGCUCAAAGAAACUCACGCACGCGGCAUUAUCGACCGCGGGAAUAAGGCGCGGUAUCCUGGCAACCGGCCGCGGCUAGCCCUUCAGAUGUCGCGGGCCCUCUUGCGGGGACCACGCGGGGGCCGGCCCCCGAAUUCGGCAUUGAUCCGCCAAGCGCGCCUGCGUCCUAAACGAAAAACGAACCGAGGAACGCGCAAGGUCACGUCGGCCACGCGGCUUCCUUUUUUCGGGUUCGAAUAU